AUGGAAGGAACACCAAAAGUAGUCCGUCAAUCAGGCAUUCCGCGACCGGUUUCUAGACUGCCACUGCCCACCUCGAUUGUGACCAAAUCAAACCGUCCAUCCCCCUCCAGAGAAAGAUUGCAGGCAGACCCGGGCCUAGACGCCCGACGACUCCGACGGCCAUCUUACGAAUCGUUAAUCAGGAGACCGUCCUCAGGAUGUUCAUCAACUGCGAAAUCUCGGACUGAAACCCCUAUACAAGAGGAGACCGCAGGUUAUGCACCAAUAACGGAUACUAGGGACGAUGUGGGCUCAGUCGGGGACGAAGUUGAGACCCGUGGGCGUACACGUCCGUCGUUGUCCGAACGGACUGCUGAGACGAUAGCCAAUAUCCCACCUUCCCCGGUCUCAGCUAGAGCGCAGUCGAGAUUCUUUAACGGGACCAGCCCAGCCCGCUCUCCAUCUCGGCCUCAAUCCACUAUGUCCAGCUAUUCGCGAUCCCCGUCGCGAUCGUCAUCUAGUUUGGCAAAUCACAACGAUCUCUUAUCGCAGCCUGUAUCCAAGCUGCGUAUUCCAUCCCGGCCUCGCAUUUCAGUUUCGGGGAUACGGACAAAUGGUGCUACCCCGGAUGUUGAAAGCUCUUCAAGGCUGAGAAAGCCUUCCUCGAGGCAAAGCUUAGAGCCUGUUAGUGACAGUGCAGCACUGAACAAAACUGAUAUAGCUCCCAAAUCUUCAGCUCUGCGUUCUUCGCCAAGUGUGUCAUCUUUGAAAUCUAUCAAGACGAAUAUGGGUCCUCCAGCACGGCCUCUCAACGUACGAAAGGCUAGAAAUACCCAGACAGAGUCAUCAAAGUCGAGGUCUCCUUCUACAACUUCGAGAUACGUGUCUUCCACGUCUACUAUACAGGACGAGCUUACCCAAGAGCAGCAAGUAGAAAGUGAGGCGAGAAAAGUUUCGAAGUCCUCGAGCACCUUACGCGAUACUAUUGCCAAGGCCAAAGCAGCUCGAAAGGCGGCGGCAGCAGCAGCAGCCGGAAAGGAAGAAGCUGCCCCUCAGACCAAUACUCAGACUCAAGCCAAUAAUGUCAAUCCUGUCACUGAUGUUGACGUCUCUGAUCCAUGGGGUGGCAUAGACGAGGACCCCUUUAACCAGCUGCCCAAAGGGUCAAAUACCAAUGUGAUUCGCAACAGGGUGGCAAGUGCACGUGCAUCAGGCACGUUGAAUAUCGCAGCCAUGUCUUUGACUGAGAUCCCCAAGGAGGUGCUGACUAUGUACGAAUAUGAUCCCGAUGGUGCGGCCAGCUGGUUUGAGAAUGUAGAUCUUGUGAAAUUCAUUGCGGCAGACAAUGAACUGGCUGAUGUGUCAGAUAAUAUUUUUCCCGAUAUUGACGUGGAAACAUUUGAUCCAGAAAGCGACGAGCGCGGACCCCAAUUUAGUGGGUUGGAGGCACUAGAUCUUCAUGGAAACAUCCUCCAAUCUCUGCCUGUGGGACUGAGAAGAUUGCAUAACUUGCGGUCUCUGAACCUCUCCAACAAUGCCUUGACCAUAGACAAGAUUGAUCUUAUCAUGGAAAUCGCCUCUUUGGUGGAUCUGAAGCUGGCAAAUAACAAACUGGAAGGCUCUUUUCCUGCAAGUAUGAGCCUUCUCAGUCGUUUGGAUUCUCUGGACUUACGUGGCAAUGCUCUCACAAAGCUACCCGAAGAACUUGGGGAACUGACAUGUCUCAAAACAUUGGAUGUCAGUGACAACCAGUUGACUUUUAUUCCAUUCGAGGCUCUAAGUAGAGUCCCACUAGUCACGCUCAAUGCUUCCAAGAACAAAUUGAGCGGAAUUCUGAUUCCCGAAUCAGUGGAUUGUCUCGAGACUCUACAAUCCUUGAACGUUGCAAACAACAAGGUCGAGGUUCUUGCAGCUAAUGACGCGCUGGCCCUUCCUCAGCUUCAUAGCUUGUUUAUAAACACGAACUGUAUCAAAAGUCUACCUUCUCUGGCCUCUUGGCAGUCAUUGCUGGUUCUUCUAGCGCAGCAUAACAAACUCGCAGAUCUUCCAACCGGCUUCGUGGAGCUCAAGAAUAUCAAGACUGUUGAUUUCUCUGGGAAUGACAUCACUCGUCUUGAUGAGAAAAUUGGAUUCAUGGAAAGUCUCACCUUAUUCCAGAUUGCCACUAAUCCACUCCGAGAGCGUAGGCUCUUGAACAUGGAUACUGAGGAUAUCAAGCGGGAUAUGCGAAACCGGGUCGAACCCGCCCACGAUACUGACGACGAGGGAUCUGUGGCCACUCAAUUCACCCUUGCGCCAGAGACCCCGGUGCAAGAUGGAUGGAAGAUUAAUUUUGGAGGUGUUCUCGAUCGAUCAUAUUCCGAGAUGACCGACCUGGAAACAGACAAGCUGGAGUUGAUCAACGCCCAAGAAAUUCGCAGUCUUUACCUACAACAUAACGCAUUGCGCUUCUUUCCUAUUCCAGCCCUGGGAAUGCUCGCUCAAGGACUGAUUGAACUUGACCUGUCGCACAAUCCUCUGAAUACAUCAGAGCUCAUAUCGUCAUCCCUUGAAUUGCCAAAACUUCAAACCCUCAAUCUGAGCUCAUGUGGCUUGACUUCACUUGAGCCCCUCAUGACCAAUCUUCAGGCUCCAUCGCUCAACUUCCUCGAUGUCUCUAAUAACCGUCUGACCGGAUCCCUUGCUCAUAUCCGCCAGGCGUACCCAGAUGUCAAGCAUGUCCUAGCUUCCGACAAUAAGAUCGCCAGCUUGGACUUCGAGGCAGUCCAGGGCCUUCAAGUCCUGGAUAUCAGCAAUAACGACGUAAGCCAACUGCCACCAAAGAUUGGCCUAUUAGCACACGAUCGUGACCCACGAAACUGGGGUACAGGAUCUGCCCUGCGUCGCUUUGAGGUUGCAGGAAACCGCUUCCGCGUUCCUCGAUGGCAGACUGUUGCCAAAGGAACUGAUGCGAUUUUGGAGUUUCUUCGUGAACAUAUUCGUGUCGAGGAUUUGCCUGAGUGGGAGCAUGAAGAUGACAUAUCCCUGUAG